AUGUUUCAUGUGACGCUACAUUACAACAUGAUUAACCCCUUCACCGUCCAGUCCAUUGUCUUCAUCUUCGUCCUUCCUGUACGUGCACGGGCUGUGGAGCUGAAGGACGUGUGCGGAGACGACGCUCCUGAUUCCAGCUGCACAGACGCCUCCUCGAACCUGACGGAGGAAAAGUCUACAAAGUGUUUUGGCAACAACGAAGAAACUCAGUGA